CAUUCAGUGAACCAACAAUAAUGUCGAAGUUCGAAUACCCGAGGCUAGCUCGAGCGGAGAUCAUCGGAUUCCUCUCCGACGCCCAGAUCGCCACCCUCUCGGACGCCGAUCUCCGGAACCCUAACCCCGAUUUCAUAUUAGAUCUCUACACCAAAAUCCUAAUCCACCUCGAUUCUCUCCAGGAAGACCACGGCCAAAUCGAUUUCACCGCCUUGUCUCAUCUCGACAACCCCGACCUCCAUGUCGACUCCGUUCGUACCAUCAAUUUGUUUCGAAAGAUCAAGGAGGUUCUCUCUGCUGUGGAUUGCCCCAAGAAGUUUUCUCUCAAGGAUCUGAUCAAGCCCGAGGCCGAUAGGACCGAGUUGUUCCUCAGUGCCAUUGUCAAUUUCUGUAUCUAUAGAGAAACGAAAAUGAAUCUUUUGAGUCCAAUAGUCGAUGAUCUGACCCUUAUUGAUGAGCAACGGCAUGAGUUGGAGGGCAGGAUUUCACAGCUAAAUUCAGAGAUUGCUGAGCACAAUGAAUCAAGAGAAAGGGAGAUGCCGCUUGUUCAGGAUGUAGAUAGUAAAGUUAAAGAACUACGUCAGACCAUUCCGGGUCUUAACAAUCACCAGAUGUCCUUGAAGGCUUCAAUAAGAAAAAUGAAGGAGAAGGCUAAAGAAAUGGAUGACAAGAUUUCCAAUGCAGAGUUUGUACUGGUACAAAGUGUCCAAGAAAAUGCCAAUUUACGCUCUAAAAUUGUUCAGUCACCAGACAAGCUACAGAGGGCCUUGGAGGAGAAAAAAGCAGUUCGAAUUGAGGCAAAAAAUGCUGAAAAGGCAGCAAUGCAAUCUUUUCAGGAGAAGACUGCCAUUCUUGAGGUUUAUACAAAGGCUUGCAAGAAAAUGUCCAAGAACCUCACUCAGAUGCAGACCAUACAAGAACAGGUGAAUUCUGCCAAAACGAUCGAAAAAGAUGUUAAAGUUCUAAAAGUUAAGCAGAGUGAUGAAGAAAUGAUAGAUAAGUCGCUUGAGGCUAAGCUUGUUGAACGGCAAGGAAAAGUGGAACAAUUGGAUGAAAUAAGAAAGCAGUUAGAAAAGGAAAGAGAUUUUAGGUGUGAGGAGGCUACAAAGGAACUCAAUAAUGUGAAGUUGGAAGUGGAAUCAAUGAGGCGUGAUCUUGAAUCAAGGCAAGCCAAGAUUGCAGCUGUGGUUGCAGAGGUUGAUACUAUCAAUAUGAAGAUUAAUUCGAUAAAAGAAUCUGGGGCAGUCACCCGGCAAGAGUUAGGUCAUAAAUGUGAAGAGAUUCAGAGAGAGUUUUACAAGUAUUUAAACUCCAUCGGAGGCUUGUUGCCGAGGAUUGAGGUGGAGCCUGGACUUGAGCAUGGAAGGAGCAGAUCCACCUAGAGCAAACAAGUGCAUGUAUUUCAAUCACUGGUCAACUGCACUGCACAGAGCAUACUAUUUUGUUCUAUUUAAGAAUAUCAUGUUGUCCCAAUGUUCCUCUCAGCUAGAUAUAGAGUUAGAGGAACUUUAUGAUAUUGUUAACGAAGUGUAGCUGAGUGAGCGUUGGCUAGUUCAGAUUUUUGUACAGAAGCAACCUUCUUGUCUUAAUUUUUAAUUGUUCAGGGAACAGAGUUGGAUGAACCUUGCAAUGGUCUAGCUUGAUUGAAUUUCAAGCUUGAGCUAGGCUCAAAACUUUAUUAUUGUAUAUUCCAAUGUGCAAUUCAUUGCAUGAUAGUAUUAUGUUUCAUUUUUCA